AUGAACGAAAAUUUAUUCGCCUCUUUCAUUACCCCUACAAUAAUAGGAUUACCUAUUGUAGUCCUAAUUAUUAUAUUCCCCAGCAUCAUAUUUCCCUCACCUACUCGACUAAUUAAUAACCGACUGGUUUCACUCCAACAGUGACUAGUUCAACUAACAUCAAAACAAAUAAUAACAAUUCACAAUGCAAAAGGACAAACAUGAGCCCUAAUGCUUAUGUCUUUAAUUCUAUUUAUCGGAUCAACCAACCUGCUAGGACUUCUACCACACUCUUUCACUCCUACUACCCAACUCUCAAUAAACCUUGGCAUAGCCAUCCCACUUUGAGCAGGAACCGUAGUCACCGGGUUCCGCCACAAAACAAAAGCAUCCCUAGCACAUUUUUUACCACAAGGAACCCCACUACCACUUAUCCCAAUACUAAUUAUUAUCGAAACUAUUAGUUUGUUUAUUCAACCAAUAGCGCUAGCCGUACGGCUCACCGCUAAUAUCACUGCAGGUCACCUACUGAUCCACCUAAUCGGAGGGGCCACACUAGCCCUAAUGAGCAUCAGUACUGCCACAGCCCUAAUUACGUUCAUCAUUCUAGUCCUAUUAACUAUCCUAGAAUUCGCCGUAGCGCUAAUCCAAGCGUAUGUCUUCACCCUGCUAGUGAGCCUAUACCUACACGAUAACACCUAA